UAUUUUGAUUGUAUUAAUUUCUCUUAAAUAAAACUAUAAUUACUUAUGCAGUUGGAGCCUUUCUAGCUGUCAUUAAUAUACAGGUGGUUCAAAAUUCCAAAAGUGAAUGAAUUUUAAUAUUAAUGAAGUUGAUAACGAAAAUCAUUCAUGGAAAAUUCAGAUUGGGAGAGAAACACGCGAGUGUGAAAUUUAAAAUUAGGCUUAACAGCAGACUUAAUUUGCAUAGAUUUUAAAUAAAAUUAUCAGCUUUGAGGACAAUCAGACACAGGUAUCUCUUCAGGAGUACAAAACUUUUGCAAAAUGGAAGGAGUGGGUAGAGCAAAGUAAAGAUGAACGUAACACUGUCUGCUGUGGAAAAUAAUAAUGAAGCAUGUAAAACCAAGAUAUUAUAAUUCUAAAUGUGUUAUGAAGGAAUUAACACAUUUAUAAUUCUAAUAUCUUAAUUUGUUAUAUUUCAUUACUGUUUUAUCUGAAUGGUUCAAUGUUUGUGUUUCUCUGUCAACUGCUUUUAAUAUAAAUUUGGAUAAUUCUCUUGAAGAAGAGGGACCUUGAAAAUGCUGAAGUUUGAUUCAAAAUCUAGAUGAAACUAAGAUUAAUAUUUUGCCUGAUUUAAAAUUAUGGUAAAUUGUUUUCUCUUGUAUUUAUGAACAGCAUAUUAAAUAUUUAUAUAAAAGUGAUUAAUUAUCUAUAUUUAAGUAACCUGAGAUUUGUAACAAUUGUUUUUCUUAUUAUUAAAUUAAGUAUCAUAUUUCUUACUAAUCUACUGUAUAGGCAUAUUUGUAAAUUUAAAGAUACUUUUUUUUAUUCCAUUAGUUUUUAGUAUAUAAGAUACAUCUGUCAUGAUAUUUACAUUUUUCAGUAACUAUAUUAUACUAAUGAGCUAAUAGUCAGUUUAGAGUUUUCGCCAGUAAUCUAUUGUCACAUUUGUGAACAGGUGGUGUGGCUACACCGGACGUUGCCAGAGCGGACACGUACAAUUUCGCGAUCAGAGCAGACACUUCGAAACUCAUCGUGGUUAGAGCUGCACAUCUUUUCCCCAUCUUAGAACAGAUAAAGGGUGCAGAUAAAUAAGGGGUGGAAGAGAAACGAAUUUUGCAAGAUGCAAGAUUCUCUUCGAGAGAUGAUAUUGAAACAAAACAGUUAAUAACGAGAAAAGACCUGCAUAACAUUAAGAGGGAUUUUGGUCUGAGCAUUAAUUCUAAAGGAUUAAUUUUAACAGAUGAUGAGACAAGUGUUUGGUCCUGGGUUAAUACGAUGUCGCAAAUGGAAUUCAACCCCGUUCUGAUGUAUAAACGUCAAGGAGAAAAAUAUGCAAAUGUAAACGAAAAUGAUUUCAUGUUAGCAAUAAUGACAGAAUUUCAAAAAAAAAAAAAAAUGUUGAUAGAAUUUGGUAAUGAUAGAAUCUGUAUUGAUUCUACACAUGGAAUUUCUGCUUAUGGAUUUGAACUUGUAACAUUGCUUGUCGUUGAUAAGUAUGAAGAGGGCAUACCAGUUGCUUUCUUAAUAUCAUCAACAGUAUCAGAAAAAAUUUUGGUAAACUUUUUUAACUGCAUCAAAAAGAUCAUUGAUAUCAAGCCAAAGGUUUUCAUGAGCGAUGAUGCUCCCAUGUUCUAUAAUGCAUGGGAGCAUACAUUUGGUUCUUGCCAAAAAUUAUUAUGUGCUUGGCAUGUGGACAGAGCAUGGAAAGGUCAUUUGAAUUCUGUGCCAAAACAUAAAAGACAAGCAGUGUACAAAACUUUAAAAACUUUAAUGUAUGAAUUAGAUGAAGAAAUGUUCAACAAAAUGUUAGAAACAUUUUCUGAGCAACUAUGUGAAGAUGAAGACACGCGAGAAUUCCAUAAAUAUUUUAUGACAUACUAUUUUGAAAGAGCCAAAAUGUGGGCAUACUGUUUCAGAAAAGGGGCUAAAAUCAACACCAAUAUGUAUGUUGAAACAUUUCAUCGGAAAUUAAAAUAUAUUUAUUUAGAUGGGAAGAAAACCAAACGGGUUGAUAAAUGUAUCAUCGAGUUAAUUAAUCUUGUCAAUGAUCAAAAGUUUGACACUUACAUAAAAUAUCAGAAAGGAAAAAUAACAAAGAAGACAACAAAAACAUUUCAACGUCAUAAAGCUGCUGAGCUUUUAAAUGCUAACUGUGUAAAAAAAGAUGAUGUAUGGGAAGUUUCAUCAGAACUGGGAGAAAAUUCUUAUAAAAUUAUCAGAGAUCAUGUUUGUAAUGAUUUAUGCCUCAUAACUUGUAGACUUUGUUCAUGCUGUUUAAAAGCUUAUAAAUGUACAUGCCAUGAUUAUUCUAUUUUAAAUAAUAUGUGUAAACAUAUACAUUUUGUAAUCAUGUCUGAAAAAAAGACAGAACCUUAUAUAGGCCCUCUAAACAGAAUACCUACUAGGAAUAAUUAUGAAUCUUUAACAGUAAGUAAAACAUGCAUUAGUGAACUUAUUCAAUCUUCAUUUUCAAUUUCUGAAAAAUUAAACUGCAUUGAAAAUAUGGACAUUAAUCUUGCUACACAAAUAAAAAAGCAUUUAAAUGCAAUUGAACAUUUAUUAGAAGUUCCUUUGUUAGAUAAAGCACAUGCUUCAAUUUCAAAAGAACCAACAAAUAAAAAAAUUGUUCCCCAAAAGAGAUUUUAUUCAGUUAAAAAACGAAAAGUGUGUAAAAAAGUACAGUUUGGAAAUCCUUCAACAGCAGAAAAAAAUAAUACCAAACCUAUUUUAUUAAAUCAAUUAAUUGUUAAUUCAGAUCCCAGCUAUGAUCAUUUGUAUUGCAGUGAAUUGAAUGCCAAAAGUUUAAAAGAAAAGUCACUAAAUAAUGUUUAAGAAAAUUAUGCUAUUUAAGUAUUUUUAAAAUUUGUGUAUUUAUAACAAAUUAUUUGAUUUUUAUGUAACUAAUCUGGAUGUCUCAUUU